AUGAAACACGAUUUAGUGGUGCAAGAAGGAUACGUUUUUGAACAAGAGAUUCAUCUCACAGUGCUUAAAACCUCUCUUUUCUUCGCCGGUGAUGGUUUCACGGUCUAUGAUUCUAAAGGUGAAGUUAUUUUCAGAGUUGAAUCUUAUGGACCUGAUUCUCGUGACCUUGAUGAACUUGUUUUAAUGGAUCCGGAUGGCCGCUGUCUCCUCACCGUUCGCCGCAAGAAAGCGAGUCUACAUCAACGGUGGGAUGGCUACAAAGGCGAAAGAAUAAACGGUGAUAAACCCACCUUCAGCGUGAAGCGAUCAUCAAUAAUGGGACGGUCAUAUGCUGGAGUUACAGUGGAGGUGUACGAUACUACCGGUGAGGAGUACCACAUUGAAGGAUGUUUCUCGGAACGCAGUUGCACCGUUUAUAACGCCACAAAAGAAUCGGUGGCUGAGAUUCAUCGCAAAGUGGACCCCACCACAGGUGUUUUGAUUGGGAAAGAAGUGUUCUCUCUUUGUGUUAAGCCUGGCUUUGAUGCUGCUUUUGCAAUGGGAUUCGUGCUUGUUCUUGAUCAAAUCGGCGGUGAUGAUUCUCUUGAGGAGGAUGCCAGAGCUGAGCCUACGGUGCACCCUACCACAGAAGAUUAUGAGGAUAAAUAA